AUGUCCGAAACCCCCAGCACUCCCCGCAUAACCUCUUCUUAUCUUAAUUCCUUCACAUCGCGCACCGUACGCAUGGUGGGAAAGGUUACGCAGUUGAGGGGUGACCAGGCGAGUAUUGAUUGUGAGGGGCCUGUUACUGUUAUUCUCAGUCGAGAUGCCCACCUUCAAGUCGGCUCCGCCGUCGAGAUUGUCGGAAAAGUAAAUCAAGAUCUCAGUGUCAAAGUAUUGAAAGCUACAGAUUUCGGCACAAAUUUCAACUUCGCAGCAAUGAACGCCCUAGUCGACGCAAAUCACCGGUACAAAGAAAUCUGGUACAGCGAGAACUCCUAA